AUGCUCUCGUGUAACGGAGAACGUUAUAUCGAAACUCCAUGCCGUGAAACCCCUCCCUUUACCCCCUCCUCAUCUCCCCUCGCUCUCUCCCCAUCCCCCCCACGCUCCCCUUGUUCCCAACCCUCCCUCUCCUCGCCCCCCCUGACUCACCCUCAUCCCCCCCUCCUUCUCACCCUCAUCCCCCUCCUGUCUCACCCUCAUCCUCCUCCGCUCUCCCCUCAUCUCCCCCACUCUUCCCUCGUUUCCGCCCGCUCCCCCACCCCCUUCCCCCCCGGCUCUCCCGUCAUCUCCCCCUGCCCUCCCCUCAUAUUCCCUUUGCCUUCCAUCCUAGGAGCGGCAUGGGGCAGCCUUCUUGGAGUUAGUGAGGGGAACCCAUGGCACCUCCUUCCCCCUCUGCACUCCCCCUCCCUUGUCUCCCCUAAUUCACUCCUCACAUCCCCCCCCUUCUCUUCUAUGGCAUGA